CAGCGCACAAAGCAGAGCGCUCAUACAGAAGAAGUGAGAGUAGAAGCAGAGGAAGAGGCUUGUGGAAAAAGGAACAAAAUAAAGAAAUAAAAGGAAACUCAACAGCCUCGCCGAUGAUCCCCGCCAUCUUUAAGAACAUAUUUUGAGAGAGAGAGAGAGAAAAGUAAAUUCGUCAGCAUGAUGAAAUUGUGGUGUUGCCUCUGCUUCUUCGUUCUAGCAAUUUCUUCUCUUUCCAGAGGAGAAAAUAGUACUACUUCUGAAACUCCUAAAGUGGGAAAUACAGAUCCCUCUGCCGCUUUACAUGAGACGCCACCUCCACAUCCGGCGGAUGAAACUCAGAGUGAAGCUCUUCUUUCCACGUCGCCCUCCCCUUCUCUUCAGAAUCUUACAUCAUCAGAUGUAACAGAUCUGCUGCCAAAUGCCACUACGACUCAAGAAGAGGGUGUUAUUCCUUAUGAUGAUGGUAAUGACACUGACACAAAGAAGAACGUCAGUGGCAGCCCUGCAGUACAGUCGACAACCACAGUUGCCGGGAAGGACGAUGAAAAUGGUGUUAAGAUGACUCCGUCUAUGGCAAUGACCAUUAUCACAACAGACCCAGAUGACAUUGAAAGCAAGGGUCAUUCAUCCUGGGCUUAUGUGAUCCUGGUAUUUAUUAUCCUGGUGAUCAUUGUUCUGAUCAUUAUUCUCUACAUGCUCAGGAAAGUCUCCAGGUCGUACUCGUUUGACCUCCAGCGUCCGGUUCACAGCAACCAUCACGAUGAACCCACCGGAACCUUUGAGCCCGUCUACCUGGAUGACCUGGAUCGACCAACCCCUAAAGACCAAGUGACCACCGAUGACCUUUCACCUCCUCCAGUAGCCAAUGGCACAACUCUACAGUCAGAGGAAAAGGGCUCCAAUGGAGACAAUGCUACACAGGAACAGCCAGACGCAAAUGGUCCUGAGACUACAGUCACCAUUGACACCAGUCCCUCACCGGGUGACGAGUUAGCUGACAAGACAUCCAGCCCUUUGAGCGACACCGACCUGUUCUUCGACGCUAUUGGGGAGGAGCAGCAGAACGAAAACAACAACAACCCAUCGGUUUGCUCCAGUGACCCGUUUGUGGAAAUCAACCUUGAUGACCCAGCGUGGUGCGAUCAGUUCCUCACCUCUCCUGAAGCUCCUUCUUCAGUCCUCCCCUUCUCUCCUUUCUCCUUCUCCUCCUCCUCCUCUUCUUCUUAACACCUUCACCGGUGACCCCUCAGCUCAACAUGGAGGCAACAACAACUGUCUUUAAAAUAUCUACAAAGAUUUAGAUCUUUUUAUUCCCAUUCUGCUCACAGCUGGCGGGGAUUACUCUGUAGAUAUCAGUAUACAAGUCUCAACCAACAUGCUGUAAAUUUGUUGUGGUGCAUUCAGACUGCAGCAACAAAACACAUUGACAGUAUAUCCGUAGUUUAAACAAUAAUCAGUUUAGUUCAUCUGAACUAACUGUUAGCUAACUAUUCAGUAGUGUCUUCAAAUUGAAUGAGCAGCCUGCAACUUUUGAUGGAGCUAUAUUAUCAGCACUGUUUCUCAAACUACAAAAAUAUUUUGCAAGCAAGAUAUUAAAUUGAUCUGUAUGUCUGUGGUCUGACAAAAUAAUGUUUUAACUGCACAAUUAUAGAGCCACAGUAACUGUAAAUAUGUUAUCUAGUAUAGAAGAUGGGCGAGCGAGUUCAGUAGUCUUCAAAUUCUGUAAAAAAAUAUACAUUUUAAAUCAGAAUUAUUUUUUUCUUUGUAUUAUACUAGACACUGAAAUGCUUUUAGGACAUUUGCAUGAUUUUCAGUAUUUGUUUUCACUGACACUUUUUUUAUGAAUAGAUUUUUUGUAGAAAAUAAUGAAAGAGAAAUAAAUAAAAAAUAUUUUUCA